CGCCAGGCAGGCCGCCAUUGAGUCUUCCAUUCGCCAAGAUGAAGUAUGUUCUGGUUUCCGGUGGCGUUAUAUCCGGUGUCGGAAAGGGUAUUAUCGCAAGCAGUACCGGGCUGCUGCUGAAAACUGCUGGUUUGUCCGUCUCGAGCAUCAAGAUUGAUCCCUACUUGAAUCCCGAUGCUGGGCUUAUGAACCCCUUGGAGCACGGAGAAUGCUUCGUCUUGGACGAUGGAGGUGAAGCCGACUUGGACUUGGGGAACUACGAGCGGUACCUUGGUGUCACACUCGGGCGGGACAACAAUAUCACUACCGGCAAGAUUUACCAACAUGUGAUUGAGAAGGAGCGCCGGGGUGACUACUUGGGAAAGACGGUGCAAAUCGUGCCGCAUCUUACAAAUGAGAUUCAAAAUUGGGUUGAACGAGUUGCUCGGGUUCCUAUUGAUGAGUCAGGACGAGAGCCCGACGUCUGCAUCAUCGAGUUGGGAGGAACUGUCGGAGAUAUCGAGAGCGCACCCUUCGUUGAGGCAAUGAGCCAACUUCAACGCCGCGUUGGAAAGGCCAACUUCCUUCAGAUCCACGUCAGCUACGUGCCUUUAAUUGGCUCAGAGCAGAAGACGAAGCCGACACAACGAGCGAUUAGCGAUGUGCGAAGUGGUGGUCUCAGGCCAGACCUGAUCGCCUGCCGUUGCGAGACUCCCCUUGAGGAGAUGACCAUCCGCAAGAUCGCCGGUACCUGUCAGGUGGAGCGUGAUCAAGUUGUCGGUGUCCACAACGUGCCCUCUACUUACCAGGUGCCUAUCCUUCUGGAAAACCAAGGGUUCCUCAACACCAUCAAGGAUCUUCUUGAAAUUCGGAACUUGCACAUUGAGCCCAAGUACGUGGAGCUCGGCAAGUCCAUGUGGCACAAAUGGCACGGUUUGGCCAUGAGCCAAGACCAUGUCUUUGACACGGUCUCGAUCGUGCUUGUUGGCAAGUACACAAGUCUGCAUGACUCAUAUCUGAGUGUAACAAAAGCGUUGGAACACGCCUCUAUGCACUGCCAGAAGAAACUUAACCUCAUCUGGGUGGAGUCGUCUCAUCUGGAAGAGGACCACCAGUCUAUAAAUCCUGCCGAGUAUUACAAAGCUUGGCACGCCGUUUCCACCGCGGACGGCAUUCUUGUUCCGGGUGGUUUUGGCCAGCGCGGUACUGAAGGCAUGGUCAAGUGUGCCGAAUGGGCGCGUACAAAGAACGUCCCUUUCCUCGGAAUCUGCUUGGGUCUGCAGGUCGCCGUCAUUGAGUACGCCCGCAACGUCUGCGGUAUGACCAAGGCCGACAGUGCCGAGUUCAACGAGGAAUGUGAGCAGCCGGCCAUCGUCUACAUGCCGGAAAUUGACAAGACCAAGAUGGGUGGCACGAUGCGUCUUGGAAAGCGCCCUACCAUCUUCCAGGAGGGCACCGAGUGGUCAAAAUUCCGCAAGCUCUACGGCAACAAGAAGGAGAUCUGGGAGCGCCACCGCCACCGCUACGAGGUCAACCCCGAUCUCGUGGAGAAACUCGAGGCGGCUGGCCUGUCGUUUAUUGGCAAGGACGAGACCGGCAAGCGGAUGGAGGUCAUUGAGCUUAAGGACCACCGGUGGUAUGUUGGUGUCCAGUUCCACCCGGAGUACCUGAGCCGCGUCAUCACGCCCAGCAAGAGUUUCCUGGGUUUCUUCGCGGCGGCUGCUGGUUGUCUUGACGAGAUCACCGAGACUUUCCAGGGAGCACAUGACCUUAGCCAUCUACAGGUGCGGCCCAAGAUUGAAUCAAUUUAGCGAUUUCGUUCUGCGCUUUAUCACUAGAUUGUCUGUUUGGAGUAAUUCGGCUAAGUCUACGCAACAUAGAUAGA